CACUAUGCACAACCUAGACAAAAUUACAGGUCUUAUCAACCGAGGUUUGCUAGGAGGAAACAUGAAAUAACACCUCCUGCACGUAGGAAGUUUUAUGCCUACAACUAUGAUUACAAUCCCAACAAGUUUAGAGCUGCAAGGAAGAUUCCCUGCAACUUCAAACUUGAUGUAGGGACACACACCAUUAACUACUCCGGACCCAAACUUAAUUGGGUACCAAAAUCUUCCUCCUCCUAAUGCAGGAAGCGACUAAGUACCCAGGUGUCUGGUACUUAGACAGUGGCUGUUCAAGACACAUGACGGGUGAUGCGAGCCUUUUGAGCAAUCUAAUUCCCUAUGAUGGUCCAAGAGUUACCUUUGGAGGAAGCAAUGAUUUUGGCCUUACUCAAGGGCUAGGAAAUCUGGUGUACAAGGGACUAACCAUCCAAGCUGUAUCUUAUGUUGAAGGGCUCAAUUACAACCUUCUUAGCAUAAGUCAGUUUUGUGAUAAAGGUUACUCCUUGGAAUUCUGCAAGGACAUGGCAUCUCUCAAGAAAAUCUCCACAAAUGAAGUCAUUCUCACUGAGAAGAGAAUCAGAAACAUCUAUGAAAUUUCUGAGAAAAUGAAGGUUGUCGGUGCAAAUGUCCACUUUCAGAAGUUAGAAGCCAUGUUCUCAUCCCCAACAUUCUUCCAAAGCUAUCUGCAGAUGAUAGCCGCUCAAGAACUCUCCGAAUUUCUUCAAAUGGAGAUUCCCCUCAAAUUCGAGGAAGAAGUUCUUGAAUUCUACAGAAAUGGAGAAAUCAAAUCUGCUCAGCCAAAGAAAAACCCACAGAGGACAUUUCCAGUCAUCAAGUCCACUGUUGGAGGUACAAGAGUGAAGCUUUCGCAAAAGAAAUUGGGAGAAAAGCUUCGCCUUCCCAAUUCUGGAGUUGAAGUUGGAAAAUUUCCAGUCAAAAAUCUGGACUGGAACAUCAUUGGAAUCUCUGGGCAAGCUCCUUCUGGCCCAGCGAAGAAAGCAGUUCUAAAAACGAUUACAAGUUGGUUUUGGAACUGGUCAUCGCUUGCCUCGAGUGUGGAAGUGGAGGUCAUGCCGAUGACAUCACCCAGGAGAGAGCCUUCAUCAUCAACUCUCUCAUUACCAAAACUAAGAUCAGCCCUAGCAGUAGCUUCUGCAAAUCAGGUAGUGACCAAAGACUACUUGAAGGUGAUCAUUGACAAUCAAAAGGAAGCAUUCAAGCUGUUCAGACUUAUUGGUGCAAACUCUGGAAACCGCAAGAUGGAAGUAAUUCUCCAACAACACAGUCCAUCUCCAAUACCACAGCUUCCUAUUGCAAUCAAAGAAGGAGAAGUAUCUUAUAUUCCUUCUCAUCUGAACUUGACAAAUCUAAUCCUUGAAGCACAGCAAAGAAAUCCGGAAAACUCAGCACAGCUUCUAUCCAGCUCAGGACUGGAUGGAACAGAAUUUAUAGGUACAGUUGUUGACCACUUCUCAAAUGAUGCUCAAUCAGAAGAAAGACGUGAAAAUUUAAGACGCAUCAAAGAACUGUGUGGGAACAUGAAGGGCAUCAGUGAAGUUGCCGGAUCUUCAAAGCGCAACAGAAACUGAAGGUUCUUUACAUCAAAACAGGGGGAAAGUAUGUGAAAACACUAAUUUGUUUUGAUGAAAACACCUUCUUGUUUAAACAUUGCUUGAUUGGUUUAAACAUUGCUUAAUUAUGUCUUAAUUGCGCUUAUUAUGCUUAAUUAUACUUAUCUCAAGUAUAAUUUUGUCUUAAUUAUUUUUUUCUGAAGCACAUACAUUCAGGGGGAACUUAACUAGUUUUGGCUAACAAUUGUUUUUGGCAAUGAAUUAUUGAUAAGCUC